AUGUCUGAGCCCACACUUGGCUGCCAGAUUGCGCCACACUACCAUCAUGAGCAGUGGCUGUACAACAGCGACAGCGGUAGUACAGAUUCAGAGAGCGAAGCAGAAAGGCCUGUCCAGGAAGGGAUUGCCGAUGAUGCUUUGGCUAUAGAGAAAGUCGACACACAGCACUCUCGCGGCGUCACCCCGGCUUUAACCAAAAUCAGUACACAACGGUCCAGACGCAGUCGCAAGGAUGCUUCGCAAGACCCAGUUGGCUUCUGGAAUUGGCAAAUGGCGGGCGUGCGAUUACAUGUGCUCAGACUAUGGCUCCGAACAAAUCUUGUUCUAGCGGUCGCCAUCAUGGCCUUCCUGUGUCUCUUCUGGGGCGCUCUAUUUCGCCAAAAUGACAACGUCAAGCACCUGGAGAUCUUUGUGGUGGACUUCGACAGCCAGGUUGCACCUUAUACUGACACCACGCCGUUGGUAGGACCUUUCGUGACUCGCACAGUCACCGAUAUGCUGGACGAGGGCGGUAUCGUCCCUUCAUACACUCUGCGAUCGGCCGGGGACUUUGACUUUGACCCACUCAAAGUCCGCGAAAGCGUAUACGACUUCCGAGCAUGGGCUGCGGUGAUCAUCAAUCCGAACGCGACUGCAGUCCUUGACCACGCCAUCAGACAAGGCAACGCAAGCUAUGAUCCCUCAGGAGCCUGUCAGAUCAUCUACAACUCAGCGCGUGACCAAACCACGACGUCUUCCUACAUCGUCCCUAGCCUGACUGCUUUGCAGAAACGAGUUGUUCAUAGUUUCGGUAGCUUUUGGGUGCCUCACCUCCAGGUGGAUCUACAGACUCUACGUAUCGACAUGUCGCCGCAAGCCCUGUCACCUGGCAUCGACUUCACAACCUACGACCUGCGUCCUUUCGGCCCUCCCGUUGCCACACCCGCAGUCAGUAUCGGCCUAAUCUACCUGAUCAUCAUCUCUUUUUUCAGCUUCACCUUCUUCCUUCCGAUUCACAUGAAGUACCUCACGCCUAAAGGCCACCCACCGCUGCUCUUCCGCCACCUGGUCGCGUGGCGCUACAUCGCUACCGUUUUGUCGUACUUCUUCCUCUCGCUUGUCUACUCUUUUGUCAGCCUUGCCUUUCUCAUGCCGAUGAGCAAUCAACCUGCCAGUCAUGUCUUGCCAGCCAAUAAUGCCAACAGCUACGGACACGCGACUUUCGUGGUGUAUUGGAUGGGGAACUGGAUUGGCAUGAUAGCGUUUGGACUAGCGAGCGAGAACAUGGCAAUGCUCCUUGGUACACCUUGGACGGCACUGUGGCUGAUCUUCUGGGUUAUCAGCAAUGUAGCUACAGGCUUCUACUCGCUCGAUCUGGCGCCAAGCUUCUAUCGCUGGGGCUACGCUUGGCCGAUGCACAACAUUGUGGAACUCACACGUUCGACCCUCUUCGACCUGAACCCACGCGUAGGUCUCAACUUCGGCAUCCUGUUCGCCUGGGUCGCCAUCGAUACCCUCCUUUUCCCUGUCUGCUGUUACUACAUGCGCUGGAAUACUGCGCGCGUGAAGCGCAACGCUGCACAAGCGGAGGCGCAAUGGCAAGCCCAGAUGGAGAAAGAGAGGGAUGAGCCGAGUUUGAUGGCGAGAGUCACGACGAGGGGAAGUAGGAAAGAUGGAAACUCUAGGCUUGCGGACGCCGAAGCCGCCCGUUGA